AUGUCUUCCGAUGACCGAGUCAAUCCUUUGACCGAAUCCUCAAUGACCAUUCCCUCCGACUCGGAGCAGUAUUCCGGCAACGAUGACAUCUCUCCUUCUCCUCCGUCGUCCUCGAGUUCACCUCCGAUGAUUCUAUACACUCCUCCUACGUUCUGGGGACUACUCCGGGGGGCUGCGAUCAAUCUGCUGUUGCCGUUCAUAAAUGGGCUUAUGCUGGGGUUUGGAGAGCUCUUUGCUAAUGAGGCUGCGUUCAGGCUAGGAUGGGGCGGCACAAAGGUAUUCCCAAAUGGCCGAACCCGGCAUCCUGUAGGACCAGGCAUUGAGAUUCGAGAUGACCCAUUGGAGCGGAGGAGGAGAGAAGGGAAUUUGGAUGAUAUUACGAGCUUGGAAUGA